UAAGUUUUCAUGAAUAUUUGUGCGUUGCCCAUAGAAACCUAGAGAGUCAGGUUGAAUAACAAAACAAUCACCAAAUUUUGUCGACUUCGGACAGGUGUAUUAAUUAUUAUAAAUACAUAUUUAAGUAUUACAAAAUAAUUAGUUUAACAAUGAAGUUCAUACCGUUGCACACAAAAAAUACGGCUAUAAUCUAUAAAAACUCGUUAUGUUCUUCCGCGAGCAUCAUCGUACUAAUUUUCAUAAUUUUAUCCGUCAUGAUACCCAUGUUACUGGUGUCGCUGCUCAGUCCAUAUUCGGGCAUUUCAGAGUCACGUAUACUUUUCGAACAACCACGUUUACAAUUUAAGUUCCAAAGCAUUUUCAUUGCUGAAACGGAAGCGCAAUAUAAUGCCAGUGCUCACCCACAAGCUAAUCGAAAGCCCGUUAAUUUGGUUGUAUGCAGCACAUUUCCUGGGCUAAAUACAGCGGCAAUAGAACAUAGCAGAAAUUGCGAAGGCAUUAAAUACUGGACUGAUGAUUUUGAUUAUGAUGGCACAAUAGAUCGCGCACAUUUUCAACAGCAACUUGAUACACUUCCCGGCCGUAUGAGAAGUUUCGAUUUGGCAGUAUUUUUCGAAGCAAAACUAAAGCACAAGUGUCCACUCUCCCCGCCUGCGCUCCUUACAUAUCACAAUAUUAUACCAUCAGCAGCGCAGUUUAGCUCGGGCACAAUAUUACUCAAAGCUGAACUAAAACUCAAGCAAUACAUUGAAUUUACUUGUCCUUUUCCUGGACGUAAUGUAAAGACGCAAUUUCGUCAAGUGGAACUCCAUUCCAAUACUAGUCAUUUUAACUUACACGAUUACCAAAUUUCAUCUUUACUUGAGCAAUUUAAAGCGAAUCCCGCAUAUUUUCAACUCUCUGAAGAAGAAAUAUAUUAUCGAAGAGAACCGGGAAGCAGUUUACGUAUACAAUUGGACUUGGAUGUGCUACAAGUUCCUGCUCGCUAUCAUCUGAGUGUCUGGGAGCGUUUGGGUCAAUUCUGGUUAUAUUUCGCUUCGUUCUUUGGUAUUUCUUUUUACAUAAUGAACAAGCUUAAGGAUUAUCUCUUCGGACAGCACAUCAUACGAGCCUGGGAAGUGAUACCUUGGAAAAAACUAUACUGACAUCAAACUAAUCGCUUAGAACAAGACUAUAUUGAUAUGGAUGAGUUCUCGACUUCUGUUAUGUAUUGAGAAAAUAUAUUAUAUAUUGAAUACGUAGCUACUAAAUUAAAUACACUAAU